AUGCCAACGAAUUCUUUGACAAAAAUUUUUUUAGUUUCCCUUAGCACCUUUUCGGUUUCUCAAGUUUGGGGGAAGGAAUAUUUCAACGGAGUAUUGAACCAGAAUUUAACGGACCUACUACAAUGCAACUUCAUAUCUUAUUAUAAUUCCAAACCCGAUGGUGCCAACGCAGACGCAUUUUUGGACUUUGUUGAAGAACCGGAACAAUUCUAUUGGUUCGUUGAUAAUUACUUAUCUGUUCCUUUUGCUGUCCCAAAGCACUUGAGCGCCAACAGUGAUCAUAACUGGAAACCAUGUUUAAAAAGAAAAUGGAUGAAUGAAUUUUUAAAGGAAUAUGAAAAACCCGAUAUAAGUUAUUUAGCAAAUGUUCUUGACAAGGAACAGAGGAUUUACUACAAAAAUACAUUUGGUGAUAAAGAGCCAGUUGCUAAAUAUACAUAUUUUGAAAUUAAAGAAUUCGAUUCACAUUGUAUCCUUCCGCCUUUUGUACAAACAAAUUUAAGAAAUAGACAUCCUGAUCAUUAUGGUGAAAUGUUUUCAUUUCAAAUGGAUAGAAAAGACUAUCAACUAUAUUUAGAAAAGAUGGACAAUAAAAUGUCAGCAAUGAAACACUUAUACGAAAAUAUGGAAUCUAGUGAAAAACAAAAAGUAGUAAAAGAAAUAAUAGAAUCAAAAGACGAAAAUAGUUUUGAAUUAGUAUGUCCUUCACAUUAUAUAAAAAUGCACUAUAACACAGAAUGCAAAGCAAAUCGUAAUAUUUUGACGUGUAUAGAUGAACAUAUCAAGAGCAAAUGUUUAGAUGAACUUAAAGAUGAUGAUAAUCCAACCAUAUGUGAUUAUUUAUCAGAUUUAUUCAAUCAUUUAAAAGAUCUUCAAAUUGAAAAUUUCCAAAAAUUUUUAACAUCAGAUGAAUUAAGACUUACUAAACCCAAAGGAAAAUGGGUAGACCCUUUAUUUCUUCUUCAUAAUAAAAAAGAUUAUUUAAAUCCUAAAAUAACGAUUUUACCAGAUCAAUUUAAAAAAUUUAACCCCGCAAAUAGUUUAUAUUUCUCCUUUUCUGCUGAAAUUCCUGAGAAAUAUAGUUAUGUUGAUUACACUCCAAUGAAUUUUAAUUUGAAUAAAUAUUCAUCUAGCGUUUUUGAUGCAUUCCAAAGUAUAUUUUCUGUUUUUAAAAAGAAAGGCCCUUCUAUUCCUCCAGUUUCAGUUAAGGAAUUAUCAAGCAAAAUCGAAGAUUUUGAUUUUAAAACUGCUAAAGGACCAGUUAAAUGUUCGUAUGUAAAGAAAAGUCUAGACCUUACCAUCGAAGUAGAUAUUUUUAAAGUGGCAGGUGUAGAAAACAUUUGUAAUAUUAUUGACAAAUAUGCUUUAACUAAAGAUAGCGAUUUCAAUAAAAAACCUAAAGAAAAGAAAAUGCAAAACUUAGAUCAAAUAGAAAAAGGAUUUCAUAUUGAUUGUAUUUUGAUAUCUACACAUAUAGAAGCAUAUAAUUUAAUUAGACAAUUUUUAAAUUUAGAAAAUGUUUUAUCCUUAAUUAGAUAUACAUCAUUAUAUACACAUAAAUAUUUAAAGAGUGUAACAUCAUUAAAGGGAAACUUUUUAUAUGAUAAUCCAAAUGCAAUUAAAUAUGCAGGAUCAUGCGGUAACGCAGUUUUAUAUAUUCCAGCCGUUUUGUAUAGAAGAAACUUAUAUGUUCCAGAAACAUUUUUAUCAUUAUCUUUAGGGUUAUCAAAUUUAGUAUCAUCAAAUCCAUCUAGUCCAUUUUUUGAAUAUUCUAUAAUUGAAUUUUUAGUUAAAUAUUUCAACAAAGGAACUGCAAAAUUCUUAUAUUACUUUAUUUCAAUAGUUUCUAUACUUCACAUUAAUCGUUAUUAUUAUGAACAAAUUUACUGCCACCAUAAUAAACACUUUGAUGCAUUGAAAUCAAAAAUGAUCCACCCUGAUAUAGUUGAAAGUAUUUUAAACAAACUCAAAUCUUUGUUAAGCGCCCCAAGAUACGCCAAAAUGAUGGAGUUAUAUAAAAACCUUGAAAGUGAUACAUUAUUCAACUAUAACGAAAUGGUCAAAAUAUUAAUGAAAUUCGACGAGUUCGCACAAAACAAAGAUGUACAAGAAAAAGCCCAGAAAAAGAUUGAUGAGGAGGAAAAACCUGAAGUCAACAGCCUUGAAGAAAUGGCCAAAUACAAUGAAGAAUGGCUUUCUAAGUUGACUAAUCUUACCCCUGAACAAGAUCCAAGAAAUAAACCCAAUCCAAGAGUAAGAUUCAAUGAACAUGUUAGAAGUGAUGAUAAUUUAACAAUGGUUGAUAGAGAUAAAGAAUUAGAAUUAAGGUUAUUUAAAUUUAUUGGUAACGUGUAUCGAGAUAAAAGUGCAUCUAGUACUGGAAAUAAAACCAACCUUGCUUAUGAUGAAAGAGUCAAGCCUACUGAUGCUGAAGAAAUGAAAGCUGCAUCUAACGACCAUUUAAGUACAUUAGAUACCGAACAUACUAAUAAUAAUAACCCACAAGAUUUUUAUACUAAUGAAGAGGAACAAACUACUGCACCUGAAACUGAUAAUGAUGAAGACCCCAAUUUAUUAUAA